AUUGCAAAAUGGCCGAUCACAGCGAGGCUAUAAAAGAAUCGAUUGUGGCUUAGCCAGGAUCAGUUGUUUUCCUACGUUUAAGCAAAGAUGUUGUUCCUGAAAGAGUGUAGAUCCCAUUUGCUUGUGUUCUUGCUGCUAUUGAUCCGGGGAUCGCUAUGUCUGCCCGCACUGGAUGCAGCUCCUCCGGCAGCUACGCCUAAUACUGUCGAAGAGACUGAAAAUCUGGUCGAUGGCAGUGGCGAGCCGGCUAGUGCUCCUCAAGAGUCAGCUCCAACAAUAAGCAAUGAAACGAUUCCUCCAACUACAGAAACUACGGAGGCAGCGGUGCCUGACAAUGUGGCCAGCGGAAGCAGCAUUGAUCCUGCCAUUUACGCCGGAGGAAUCCUAAGCCCCGAGCUUCUCCAGCAGUAUCUAAGUCAGUAUAAUGCCUAUGCUCCGUACGCAUAUCCGACUCCUGUAGCGGGAGCAGCACCUGGCAUUUACCCGUAUCCGGGACCCAUAGUGGUGCAGACGGGUUACGAGGGUCUUCUGAUACCCGCAAAUGUUGUCAGUCAAUCGGACACAACCACUGUGGCGGCACCUGCUCCUCAGCCGAGCUCCUCGAAUCCACUGCUUGUCUUCAUAUCCAACCUGAUACCCUCUAUCCUGAUGUCUUCGCUCUUCCGCAUCGCUGCCGUGGUUCUCUCCACCGUUGCGAUCAUCCUCUUUGGUGGGGCUAUCACCAGUGCGCUGUGCAGGAUCACUCCGAUCUGCGAAAUACCCGCCAGAGCUGUGGACAUUCUGCGCACAGGUGGCGCCCAGGAUGUGGGUCGUAUGUUGGCCGAAGAGAUGACCCCGGAACGAGUGCGCCGGGCCACGGUAUUCGUGCGCAACGCCAUCCGGAAGUAUCAGCAACUGCAGAAGCUAGUGGAGGCGUCGGAGGCGGUGACCGAGUUGACCAACUAGUGGUUGCGUAAUGGAUAUUAGGUUUAGUGCUGGAUCGUAAAUUAGGUGGAAUGCAAAAUAUAUACUUUUAAUGAA